GGUCCAUUCUCUCCAAAUGCAAUUCUUCCAUUAUGCUCGUCAAGAAAAAGAAAAAGCAGUUUCUGAAUGUCAAUUAAGAUAUCAGGCUUUAGUUAAAGCAGCGGCAGGAAUGCGUUCCGACACAACAACAACAGCAACCCCCACAUCUUUACAAUCCCCUUCUUUUUCUUUAAAUCGUUCAGAAAAUUUAGAAAAUGGAGGGGGAGGGGGAAGGAUUUCGUGUUUAGAUGAAUGUUUUUCUUCUCCGUCGUCUUCCUGUGAAUAUGGGGGAAAUGAAGAUAUUGAAGGGGGGAAUUUACAAAGAAAUGAUGAACAACAACAACAACAAAAUGGGGCAAGACGGAAACUUUAUUUUAGUUCAGUUGGAAAGUAG